AUGCCUAAACAUAAUCCUAUAUAUACACCCAGGUUUGACGAAGUAUUGACUGAAUUGGUUGGCACACUUGGAGAAGCCAAAUGGGCAGAAAUUACUAGACAAAUGAAAACGAUUUAUGGACUUUCUAUCCCCCAUAAACCAAUGGUGUAAGCUAGAUGGAGAGCCAUAGAUCCAAAAAUUAAUAGACAAAUAUUUUCAGCAGAAGAAACAGUCACUCAUUGGCAUAUUUGUGUCAAAUAUAAAUGUCAUUGGGAUGCAGUCAAGGCUGAAUAUGAAGCUAUUGGUUAAAUUAGAGACAAAUGUUUUUUGAGUCAAAAAUUCUAUGCACACUUCUAAUUCAAAUUAGUUGAUCUUAAUAGAAUGAUGGGUAAGAUGGUAGCCUACAAUUAACCUAAAAUUGAAAACAUGAGAGAUACAACAAAAAAAAGAAUCUUGGAAAUCAAUGCCAGAGAACCAGCCAGUGUUAAAGAUCAAUCUGCUAGAGAAAUCAUAUAAAGUUGUUAAAUGCUAAUCAAAUUAUUGACUUAUGUCGUAGACAAUCACAAAGAAGAUUAUAAAGUGAUUACAGAAGAAUUGAAGAAGAUGAUCACUCCAGAAAAGUUUGCAAGAGUCCUCUAAAACAUAUUCAUUAUUGAUUUAAUUGUGUUGAUUGCUUGUAAUGAAUUGAAACCAUCUGAUGAAACUCCAGAUUUCAUUAAAAUGGAUGAAAGAAAGAAAAUCAAGUAUAAAAAGCCAACUAAAGUUAAAAGAUGGGAUGAAGCACUUCUAUAAAGUUCAAGUCCAGAAAACACUGAAGAUGAAGAUGUACUCAGAACUGAAUAGGAAAUCAACAAAGUUACUGGAGGAACCAAUUUCACAAAAGCAGACAUGGAAGAAAUUAAGUAGAGUCCAAUUUAUUGUGUUUGCAAUACAGAUUAAAAUCAAACAUUUUAUGAUUGGUAUAAUGAGGCUAAAAUUCAGAAGGCAACUUUAAAAACUGACUUAUUGGUUGAUGUUAUGGAUAUCAUGAGUAGCAAAGAUAAAUAGAAAUCUGAGAAAAGCAAGCCUCCUGUUUAAAAAAGAACAGCUUUAUUGGCUAAGAAAUAAAUGAAAUUGAUAGAAAAGAAGAAAAAUGAACUUAUGAAACAAGAUAAGGAUGAUAAAAUCAAAACUGUGAGAGGCAAAAUAAAAAUUGAUAAAGAAGUAUUUCCAGGGUGUUACACUAAAUUUUUUGACAAAGAGGAUGAAGAUGAUUAUGAGGAUAGUCAAGACAAUCCAAUAUAUUCAGCAAUCGAUGCAGAUUAAAUCUAUUAAAUUAUUAUGCAGUAGAAGUAGGCACAAGAUAAUUGA